UAUGGUGCGUCUUUUAAUUUAUUUUCCUACGCUUUGGACAUCCAGAGAACUGCCUGACAGUUGUAGGUGACACGGAGAAAUGUAUUGUAACGAUUUUGGGAUGAAUAAGUGGCGCGCGCAUCUCUCGCACGAGCGCAGGUGGACCAAAUGAAGAGGCGCUGUAGUAAACGAAAAGAAAACGCGCAAAACCCAGCGAUAUUUUCAGCAGAAUAUUUUGUAAGCCACUUCUAUGGCUUUGUGGGGUUUCUUCUCGCGUUCGUCCAUUUCCAACUGUAAAUAGGCAUGUGUGGAAUACAGCUACUCUUUUGAGGGGCAGCGCAUUAAUGGGAGGAUUUUUCUCUGGACUACUACAGUUUACACAUCACUUUCACUUGAAAACCCAUUGUCGCGUGGAUAUUCAUCGUAUUAUCGAUUCCCGUCGAGUGGAAGAAUGCUUGCAGAUCUCUCUGCGGCCAAAGCCCUCUACAUGGGCAUGGAGGUGGUGAUCGCCGUGUCAUCCGUGAUAGGAAACGUGAUGGUGGUUUGGGCGGUAAAAAUUAAUAGAUCUCUGAGAGAUACUACGUUUUGCUUCAUUGUUUCUCUGGCGCUCGCGGACAUUGCAGUAGGAGCGCUGGUCAUACCGUUGGCGAUAACUAUAAGUAUCGGACUCCAGACUCACUUCUACAGCUGUCUGCUGGUGGCGUGCACGGUGCUGGUUUUGACCCAAAGUUCUAUCCUCGCCUUGCUCGCUAUAGCCAUCGACCGAUACCUGAGGGUCAAGAUCCCAACCAGUUAUAAGCGUGUGGUCACUCCCAAACGAGCUGGAAUUGCAGUUUUCGCAUGUUGGACAGUGGCCUUCAUAGUCGGCUUGACUCCCAUGCUGGGCUGGAACAAUUUACAUAACCUGCAACGUAAUAACAGCUCAAUCGGCCCUGACCUCAUCGUCACCUGCCAGUUUGAGAAUGUCAUCAGCAUGGAAUACAUGGUCUACUUCAACUUCUUUGGCUGGGUGCUUCCCCCUCUGCUUUUCAUGCUCAUCAUUUACUCUGAAAUCUUCUACAUGAUCCACAAGCAGCUGAACAAGAAGGUGUGCAGCCAUUCUGAACCAAACAAGUAUUACGACAAAGAGCUGAAGCUGGCGAAGUCUCUGGCGCUAGUCCUUUUCUUAUUCGCUGUUAGCUGGCUUCCUCUCCACAUUAUGAACUGCAUCACACUCUUCUGUCCACAGUGUGAGAAGCCCAUGUUCCUCAUUUAUAUUGCCAUUCUGCUCACGCAUGGCAAUUCUGCCGUCAACCCAAUCGUUUAUGCUUUCCGCAUCAAGAAAUUUCGUACUGCGUUCCAAAGGAUCUGGAAGCAGUACUUCUGCUGCAAGGAGGCUCCUCCCCCUGAGAGCCAGCCGAGCGAGAGACUGGAUAACAACCACUACAUCGCUGCAGCCAUCGCUGCCCCUCCUGAACCUGCUUUGGAACAUAACAUCUGACUGACAUCCUAGGAUUCUUUAAGGAGGUCGAAUGACU